GAUCAGGAACACGUGUAGGGUUCAUCUAUUUCUCAUGUUAACUUUCGUGUUAAACUGAACGAUGCUGUAUUUUGAACGAUCUUUGUCACAUGCAACUGCACAUCUAUCAAUACUUUAGCUUAAGUUACUCUUUGAUGUUUACGAAAAGUCAUGAAAAAUAGUCAGAAAUGAUAUGCUUAAAAUUUUUUUACAAAACGACACAUUCAUCCUUCACCUUCUAAGUUAUAAUGUUUUUGUUUUUUCAUCACCCGAAUAUUUAAGUCCUGACGUUUUGUACCUUGAUACUGUGUACAGUCUCUCAUCUUGUCAAAACAUGAAGACCUGAGGCAAGAUUUCCCUUGUGAUAGCUGACGUUCCAUCCCGUCGCACUCUUUUCACAUAUAUUUUCCUUUAUAACAACUUUCCUAGAUCUUAACUCAAUUAUUAUUAUUUUUCGGUGAGAAUUACAUUUUAAAGCAUGUUAAUAUAUAUAAUAUAUAGCUAUAUAUUUUUUUCUUGGUGGUACGAAUAUUGUUGCACUAGAGGACAGUCAAAGAUAUUAACUGUACGUGAAACUAGACAUUAAAAUAAAACUAAAAAUGUGAAUAGAUUUUAGUGGAAUUCUUCGAAAUUGGAGAGCCAGGACGGUGUUUGGAAUACCUGUGUAUCUUCCGCUUCUGAGGAAGAAGAAUCAACAAUUCCUCAGGGAAAGGGCUAGAAGACGACUGUAUCCUCGACAUAUUUCUACAACACAGGAUUUGUAUUCGUCACUGGCAAGAAAAACAACAAAGAAAAACUAAAAAGUUUUUCAUCUGCGCCAGAAGACAAAAAUAAAAGAAUAAGUUAAAGAUUUUCUUCCUUGCCAUCAAAGGGGAAACGUAGAAGGCGGGAAGGAGGCUUCAACAGGAGGAAAAAGAAUUCCACAGCAGAGGAGCAUCAGCGACAACAGUAACUGUAUCAACAACAGCAGCAGCAGCAACAAGAGCAACACAGCAACAACAGCAUUAGUAGGUAUUGCAGCAGCAGCAAUAACAAGAGCAGCAGCAGAGGCAGUAGCAGCGUCAAUACUCAGUAUCAUUAACAACAAUAGUAUCAGUAAUUACUACAUCAACACCAGUAACAACACCAGCAACAGCAGCAACAACAACAACAAAACCAGAAGCAGCAACAACAACCACCCCAGCAGUGUCAACAACAGUGACUGCAAAAACACCAUCAAUAAUAACUGUAAUAUCGUCAACAGCAACAGAAGCAGAAGCAACAAGCGGAACAUAAGCGGCCUCAGCUAGGAGCAGCAGGAUGACCCCCGCCAGCAGCUACUACUGCCUCACCUGCUGGGUCUUCUGGUCCUACUUCGGUGUGUGUGUAGAGGGCGGGUGGAGCAGUGAUGGCCCACAGUUCGGGGUCGCCCAGGAUCGUGUUACAGUGGUACAGGGCCACACGGCCAAGCUGCCCUGUAUUGUCCACAACCUUCAUGACAGAUCCGUGACGUGGCUGAGGCGGCGAGACUUACACAUUCUGACAGCGGGUCACCACACCUACUCCGCCGACGAGAGGUUCCAGGUAGUGCACGCUGAAGGUAGUGACGAGUGGACGCUGGUUCUGCGCUACGUGCAGCUGAGGGACGCCGGCGUGUACGAGUGUCAGGUCAACACCGUCCACAAACUGUCUCGCCCCGUCACCCUCACCGUCCUGGAUCCCCGGCUGCGUGGCACCAAGUCUAAAGUGUUUGUGGCCAACAACACUGCCUCCACCAAGGACGGUCAACUACGGGUGGAGAUAGAGGGGCCACGAGAGGUGUAUAUAGAGGAAGGGUCUUCCCUUAGCCUGACAUGUGUGGUGACAGCCUCCCAGCAGCCCUCUACCUUAGUCUACUGGUACCACGACACCAGCCUCGUCGACUACAACUCCCCGAGAGGCGGAGUUCACCUCAAGAUUGACCGAGGUCGUGGAGAGACGACAACCCGCCUGGUGGUCUCAGCUGUGGGCCCUGGCGACUCCGGCAUGUACUCCUGUGUACCCGAGGGCUCCCAUCCCGCCACUGUAUUAGUACAUGUACACCAAGGGGAGAACGAGGCGGCCAUACAACAGGGCGGCCUCAACCAGAGCUCCUCACUUCGUCCUUCCCCUUCACCUCUCCUCUUCUCUUACCUCCUGCUCUCACUCCUUAAUUUAAGCUUCAACUUACGCCCCACACACCCUUUACUAUAUUACCUUCUGUGUAUGCUUUCAACAGCUGCCGUCCUAUCAGUUAUUCCAAUCACGUGGGACGUCCCUAUCUCGGCCGUAAUGUCUUCUCCUUUUCUUUUAAUUUUAUCAUUUCUCGCCAUCUAUUCCUCACAAUCAUCAGCUUCAGCGUGAUAUCAGCAAUAUAGCUUUGAUUUCUGUGCUACAUUUGUUUAUUUAUGUUUGACACGUUCUUGAGAGCAUUUGCAUCUCAGGAUAUCAUACCGUGCUGAUUCUGACUAAUAUUUUUAAAUAUUUUCUUUUGUUUUAGAUAGGCGCAGAUAUCAGCUGUUACCUCUCAUCUUAAAUUUCACUUGAUGUGCCUCCAACCUCCACAUUCAAUCUUUUAUUUAUUUUUUCUGUUUUUCUUUGUGUUCUGUAUUCCAUAUUUUAUUUAUCUUAUUUCCUUCUAUCUUCCAUGUCCUAUUGUCCUUUCAUCAUCUAUGAUUCGUCUUUCCCGUUUCUCCGAAGAAUAUGUGAACGAUGAAUUAUGCUUAUUUCGAUUGUACAUCGGGAAAUAAAUAUUGAAUGCAAUAGAAACCCCCAAAAAUUGGGAUUCUUGAAAUAACAAUAUGAAAAGAAUAUAAUCAUUAAUCUGAAAAGACUAACUCAAGAAAAUAAUAACUUCUCUAAGAUGAAGUGCGUCACUUGUUCUGAGUAAUACUUGUUAAAUUAUAUAGAGUAAAAAAGAAGAAAAAAAAAGAAAGCAAAACGAGUAUACAUUUUACAGUGUUAUCCCAAAGAGAAUGAUUGUUAUGUACAGCGACAAAGCAAUACUGAAGAGAAACUCGAACUUGUUCACAUUGCUUACAGUAAAAGAUUGAAAGGCUGCUUGCUUCACUAACAACACCAUCAUGCCACUAACAACACCGUCAUGCCACUAACAACACCGUCAUGCCACUAACAACACCGGCAUACUACUAACAACACCGUCAUGCCACUAACAAUACCGUCAUGCCACUAACAACACCGCCAUGCCACUAACAACAUCGCCAUGCCACUAACAACACCGUCAUGCCACUAACAACACCGCUAUGCCAUUAACAACGCCUCCAUGCCACCAACAACAUCGCCAUGCCACUAACUUCUACUAGCAACACUGAUACCUUAACAAUAUACACCACUAACUCCACACCGUUAUCACCUACAUGACACGUAACCACCACAUUAACGUCACCUUCCACCAUUAACUCCACACCGUUAUCACCUACAUGACACGUAACCACCACAUUAACGUCACCUUCCACCAUUAACUCCACACCGUUAUCACCUACAUGACACGUAACCACCACAUUAACGUCACCUUCCACCAUUAACUCCACACCGUUAUCACCUACAUGACACGUAACCACCACAUUAACGUCACCUUCCACCAUUAACUCCACACCGUUAUCACCUACAUGACACGUAACCACCACAUUAACGUCACCUUCCACCAUUAACUCCACACCGUUAUCACCUACAUGACACGUAACCACCACAUUAACGUCACCUUCCACCACUAACU